CGCCGCCUCCUCGUCCCACCACCAAGCUCCAAAAUUCUCCCCCGUCGCCCCCACCACGAUCAAAGGUCAUGACGGGAGAGGAAGGGAAGGCGGCGUACAUCCGCGCGGGAGGCUAAACUCAGGCCGUGGCUACACAUCAUCGACGUCGCCGUCAUCUUGGGCCAAUGCCCUCUCGACCACGAGCUCGCGGCCUCAAGCCCGUUCAGGUGCCGGAGUCCCGGUGUCCCCGUUGUUGUUCAAGCGUGCCACAUGCUCGACGCCGCGAGCCACACCGCGCCUCGACCUUCCGCCCGCCCAGAUGGUGUCGAUAUUGUACCAGAGCCAAUGACCGUCAGAUUUGUGAUUAUCACGGUUGCAGCACUGGGCAUCUCCCUGGGCGCUCGAUUUUUUUGUUUUGCAAGUGGGGGAUGAGCGCCAGUGAGCACACCGGUGAGCACGCCGGUGAGCUCCGGUCGUCACCAUCGGAGCUACAACGGUUGCCACGGAAGCUACACCCGCAUGGGUGGGCUGUUGCAUGGGCGAAGCCGGUGACGAGGAUGGCCGCCGAGGGCUGGGACCGGCGACCAGGGUGGCCGGCGAAGACGGGCGGCGAUCAGAGACGGGGAGGGCAGGCGAGGGGGUGGCGACGAGGGGAAACACGUGCGGGCGGCGAGACGGGGUUCCUUUUCCCGUUCGUGCUCGCGAGAGGAAGAAGACGACCUGAUUGGAAAAGAUCCAACGGAUCUGGACGGACCGAUCUGACGGCUAGGGUUGGACCGGCUGAAGUGUUCGGCCGGUGCGCCGGCACCUAGCAUCGCUCAAAAGAGAGUGGAUCUCAGACUUCUCAGUCCACGGCACCGCUGUGGUCCCAAGUGCAGGUGCACACGCGUGAGCAGAGAUGGGUCUGAGAAACGUACACUUUAUCAUUGCAUUUUCCUGUUAUUCAAGGAUCGGUAAUAGAAGCUGCUGCAAACUCAAAAUUGCUUCAUACAGCUCCUUCUGUUUUAUCUUGUUGUUAUCUAUAGGAUGAUGAUAAUUUGCUUAUUAUCAUGCUUUGCUUCCAAAUUACUUUACCUGUCAUCCCACUUACUUCAUCCAGUAAUCUGUAGCUGGAUUAUUGUGGACCUGGGUUAGAGGAAGCAAAAAAUUAUAAUUCUUUUAUGUUUUCUUACAACUGCACUGAUGAAAUGUAUGAGUUGUUAGCUCGAAUGAAGCUGAGGGUAAAAAAAUUUGUGGGGAAAAAAAAUCAAUGUAUACAUUUAGUAGUAGGAGAGAUUAAGUUUUUCUUUUCAAAGUUCAGUUUGUCCACAUUUUUGUAUGGUUUAAAAUUCAUUAUACUGAAUGGCUUAUUCUUCCAAGCUCCAGCAAAAAUAGGACAGAUUGUUCAACAUUCUUAAGCCAGACUAUGCUCUAUAGAAAUCUCUACCACUGUUCUAUUCUUUUUCAUGGGACUUUUCAGACAUAAAAACUUUGUGUUAACAAUGCAUGGUGAUGGCCACCCUCUACAGUGAUAAUAAAUUGUGUCCAUGUUUUGGUCACUAUAUUUCGUAACAGUUUUUAAGUUCAUGGUUCCAUCGUCUAAUCUUGUGGUAAGACGGUCUUGGAUGAUCCACCUGCAUGGUGUGUUGUCCCUAAUAUCUGACUAUUUUUACAUGUAAAAGUUUAUGCAAAAUACAACCACAGCAAAGCGCGGCGUGCCGCCGCGCAC